CGUCAUUCCAUACCGACCGGCUUUUCAAUUACCCUUCCCAUCUACACGGGCAAAAGAUAGACCCUCUUUCUCCAAAUCUCGACUUUUUUAGUACACCAUGUACGGGAGUACGAAGUGGUAGGAGAGCGAUCCAUUCUACCACUCGGGACGUGGAUGCCGAUAAAAUGAAUUCCGACAUGGAUGUUUUUCUUUCUCCUCCUUCUUCGCGUCCUGUUCACUGUGAUGGCCAGAGAGACCGAGACAGAUAAAUGUACACGAGGAUGGCCCGGACUCUGUCACAGUCUGGCGACGACACCGAGGUUGUCGUGACCGACAACGAGAAAGGCAAUGACACGGCGCAGGUGUCACCGUCACCAUCACCACCAAAUCCUCCCGAUGUACACGACGGCGGCCACACGGAGAAGCAUGGCCAAAAGCCAAAAGGACGAAACGUGCGGCAGAAAGCGUGGGCGUGUGUGACUUAUGUCCCACCCCGAUGUCGAUAUGACCCCGAAGCACCAUUUCAGUUUUCCAUGGGAUUGAAUCUGUUGUUUGCUUUCGCGGGUUGCUUCACGGUCGCAAACCUCUAUUACAACCAUCCCAUCUUGAACCUGCUGGCGGACGAUUUCCACGUCUCCGAUGAAGAAGCCUCGUACAUACCCACCCUCGCCCAGGCAGGGUACGCAGGAGGAUUGUUGUUCAUAUGUCCCUUGGGGGAUCUGCUCAAGAGAAGACCGUUUACACUAUGGCUGGUCUGGUUCACCGCUACGUUAUGGUAAACAAACCACCACACCACAUGUUCCGCUCCAUGUUGCGUAAACUGAUAGGACUCUGUGUGACCAAGUCUUUUGCCGCCUUUGGAGCCAUUACGUUCAUCACCAGUGUCACCACGGUCACUCCGCAAUUGAUGCUCCCCUUGGUCGGUGAGUUGGCACCUCCGCACCGUCGAGCGUCCGCCUUGUCUGUGGUCGUGUCGGGCAUGCUGCUCGGCAUGCUCUGCGCCCGGCUCCUUUCGGGCGUGGUCGCGCAGUUCAUCGGCUGGCGAUAUAUAUACUGGAUUUCGUUCGCCUUGCAGUACAUCAUUCUCAUCCUGCUGCAUUUGUUCAUGCCGGAUUACCCUUCCACGAACCCGGAUGUGAAGGUGGUCAAGAAAUAUCCAUUCCUGCUCUGGGACAUACUGAAACUCGUCGCGAAGUAUCCCGUGCUCGUUCAAGCGUGCCUGGUCGGUCUUUUCACGGCCACUACGUUUACGAGUUUCUGGACCACCCUCACUUUUCUGCUCGCCGGGUCUCCGUAUCAUUACAACUCUCUCGUCAUCGGCUUGUUCGCCCUGAUCGGCAUAGGGAGCAUGACGUGGGCGCCUGUGUUUGCCAGGACCUUCAUGGAGAAACACCAGCCCCUGCUCUCGGUCAUCAUAGGCGAGUUGAUCUGCCUGACGGGCGUGGUGGUGGGCACGUAUACGGGCGAGUUUACCGUGGCGGGACCCAUCAUACAAGCCAUCGGGAUCGACGUCGGCUUGCAGACGAGCCAGAUCGCAAACCGGACGGCGAUAUAUGCUGUUGCCCCCAAGGCCAGGAAUCGAGUUAACACCGCGUACAUGGUCAGUGUCUUCGUGGGCCAGCUUAUCGGCACGGCGGUCGGAAAUCGACUGUACGCGAGAAGUGGUUGGAUCGCUUCAGGGAGUGCGAGCGUCGGGUUUGUCAGUUUUGCACUUUUGGUGUGUCUGUCUAGAGGACCGCAUGAGAAAGGGUGGGUCGGAUGGAGGGGAGGUUACAAUAUGCGGAAGGGGGUUCCUGAGAAGCCGCAGGUGGUGAAGGAGGAUGAAGAAACAAAUCUUCCAGCGCAGCUACAGUCAUCACAGCGAGAGAACCCGACAGAAGGUGAUCUCGUCGGGACGAGCAAAGAUGAUGACAAGAAUCAUGACGAAAACGUUACGAGAGACGAGAGUUCACGGUCGUCGCAACGAACUUUGAGUGAGGAAAUCAGGCAAGUAAAAGAAUGAUAUGCUUGGUAGACAAGCACUGUGGCC